CAAAGGUCCAAACACGGGUAAAUUUCAUCCAUACAAUGGCAAUGGGGACUACUUUAGGUGAUGUUCAGCUUCUUGCUGUUGAAGGAACUGCCCAAAAUGGAAUGAACUCUGCCGCUCUCGAGGAAUUGAAGAUCGGAUUAGACUCGAUAGAAUCAUUAAAUAGUGAUGAUGCGAUGAAAAAGUUCAAUUACAAGCAGCUAGAAAAAAUGAGCAGAUAUGAGCUUAGCCAGUUUACACAUGUUGUUUCAAAUGUAAUUGAUUUUCCCAAAUAUGAUGUCAUUGUCGAUAGUUUGAUGAUACCUGUUGUGACAACUCAAUGGGUCAAAGACGUGAUCAAGAAUAAAAGAGUAAUUCCGUUGAGGUCUUACUCACCCGACCCUAAACAUUUUUUCAAAGAUGUGAUAUUGGCAGCAGGUGGAGGAUUGCAAGAUGAUGACAAAGAGGUUUUGAAGAUCGGAGUAAAAACCUUUGGCGGCAUCUAUCUUGAUGAUUUAAAAAAGUCACUAACUCACUACGUGACAAAUGAUUUAGAAGAUGACAACACCAAAUUGAUCAUGGCAUUUAACGAGUAUAAUCCUUCAGGAAAAAUUGUCAAAAUUGUCAAAGUAGAUUGGAUUUUCCAUAGCAUAAUGCAGAGUAGUGUAUUGCCCGAAUCAUUGUACUCCUUUAAUGAUGGAAAAGCUGAAAAAGGGAAAGAAGUAGUGAUUCAAAAGCCUGACUUCCUUUCCGGAUUGAACUUUGCACUAUCUGAUAAUCUCAAUAUCUCAGAUACUAUGAGGUCAUAUUUUACCAUGUUUGAUGAUGGAGAUAAGGCUGGAGAAAGAGUGUUUUUGACCCGAUAUCUUAACAAUGAGAUUGACAAGUCUUACAAACAGAAAACAUUUGAUUAUUUAUUUUCCCUGUUAUUCCAUAAAAAGAAUAAUAUGCCUUACGAUUCUCUGCUAUUUUAUCCUGUGAAUCGCAAUCCGAUCUCUGGAAUGGCCGAGACGUUAAUUGCUACUACCAAUUACACUGGAGACUCUCGGAUAUACAUCGAAGAACUGACCAUGCGGAUGGGAGGGAAGUUCAGUAAAACCAUGAAAUCUACAAAUACACAUUUAGUUGCUUCUAAAAGUGUUGGCAAGAAAUUUGAGUUUGCCAAGUCUUGGAACGUGAAAAUUGUGAAUCACAUGUGGGUGGAAGACUCGUUCAAAAACUGGAAGAUAAUGGACGUUUCUGAGUAUAAGAAUUUGCCACGAGACGCCAAAGGUGUAAGGCUCAUUGGAGACAUUGAGUUUAAUGGCUUUGAGUACACCUUUGAGGGAAAAAACAAAGAGCAAGAGAAAGUCGUAGAGCAUGACUUUGAAACCCAACUGCAGGAUGAAAAAGGCGACAUUGGUGUCCUGAAGAGGAAAGUUGGAAAUAAUCAAGAACACUCUGCUUCCAUUGAAGUUACUCAGAGUAAUAAGAAAACCAAAAUGAACAGUAUAGAGGAGAAGAAAAGCAGCCAUGACCCAAAGGGUCUCGAAGAAGUUGAGGAAAAAGAAAGGGUAUUAUCAGAGCCUGCGGAAGCAAAAACAAUUCCUGCAAACCCAGAAAGUCGUGUACGAACAAGAAAUAGAAGAGGAAAUGAAGAUAGAAAAGCACUCCAAGAGGAAGCAUCAACGGCAGUGAAAGCAGUGAUACCCGAAGAGAAGAAUCCAGAAGGAAAGAAAAGUGAGGAGCCAGAUAGCGUUUGGCAAAUCCAAGAAAAUGGUGAGAAGCCAGCAAAAUCUGUUCCUACCAAGAGAAAGGCUAUCUCAGUCGAGGAGAACGAUCAAAAACCCAAAGAAAACAAAAGGAUAGCAACCAAAAAAACUGUCAAAAGCGAAAAGCCCUACAACAUCACCGCAAUUGUUACAGGUUUUGAUGGUUCCCUCUCCGUGGGAGACAAACGAGAGCUAAGAAAAGUUGGAAUAAACAUUGUUGAGAACGCCAACAAAACCAUCAACUGCAUCAUUGCUCCGAGCUUACUUCGUACUCAAAAGUUUCUCACAGCACUCUCAUACAGCCCCGAAUACUUUCUCGAGCCCCUAUUUUUGAGCGAUGUGCUGGGCACCUUGGACAGUGUCAAGAAGGUUGGUGAUUUUGACUCGAUUUCGCCCAAGAUCGAGAAGUACGACAUCUGGGAGCAUGUAGACUACGAAAAGGACAUCAUGCCGAAACGGCUUUUUCGCACAAACACUACAAGAGAAAAGGCCAUUGAGUACUUGAAGAGACCAAGAAAGGGGCUUUUCGAAGGGUUUGUGUUCAACUUAUCGCCAGGCCUGGCCGGUGGUUUCGAUACGCUCAAGGGCAUAUUAAAGGCUUUCGGAUGCAAGCAGUGCUUCCUUUUCAAAGAAACCACCAAGACCGCAGCUGCCAAUGUGGAGAAGAAUGUAAACGGGGUGUCCGACGUUGCCAUCUUAGUUUGCAGCACGGCAGAGAAGAACGUACAGAAGCAUUUCACGACCGCCUGCAAGAACAGCGGGAUGAAGUACGUCACUUUAGAGUGGGAUGUGAUUGUCACUGCCAUCUUCGAGGCUACCCUAGACCUCAACUCGGGCAACGUGCUCCAGCAGAGCGGCGUUUUGUAGGGUGUAUCAUUGUUUAAAGUCAGUAAGUUGGUAUGUGAGUCUCGAGUUCCAAAACGGGCCGAAAAUCUUUUGUGCGAGGGACCCGGAAGAAGACACUGCACUAUCUGAUCGCAGAGAGGAGGGUGCAGGACCUGAAAGACCUCCGACAAAACGGAGUGUGCAGACAAACAGAGGCAUGAACAGUGAUGAAUGGGUGCUGAAAAGCAAACACAGAGAGUGGUACUAUGUGCGGUUGCAAAUGUAAGUUUUCAUCACACUCAUUUUUAUAUGCUUUUCGGAAUUGAGCUACUAACACCAGUACGACAGAACAGGAACGGAACAGGCCGAUGUGAACACGUGGAAACUUGCUAUCCUCAAGUGUCUCCAGCAAAAACAGGGCGUCUUGGGUGAAGCCAUCGAGUUCGAUAUACUCACGAGUGAGGUAGUCUCAGCAUCAGAGACGAUUGUGAGAGUGCAUUUCCUGGAUCGGGUGGUGUUCAUACAAUGCAUUGCGGCCGGGG